GAUACCGAUCCGGACGUGGUGGUCACGUGUGCCUAUCAAACUUGCGCACAGCUGAUCGUGACGUCACUCACCAACAUGGCGGACUGGAAUAGAGGUCAUGGCUCUGUGGACGACAUGUUGGACACUGAAAACAAACGUCUGGCUGAAAAUCUGGCCACCAAAGUCUCCAGACUGAAAUCUCUGGCGUACGAAAUCGACAGAGAGGCUGAUGAUCAGAACGAGUAUCUGGACGGCAUGGACUCAAACUUCCUCAGUGCGACAGGUCUGCUGAGUGGCAGUGUGAAACGUUUCUCCACCAUGGUCCGAUCUGGCAGAGACAACCGCCGCAUCCUCUGCUACGUCUCUAUAGGCCUGGUCCUGGCCUUCUUCCUGCUUUACUAUAUGGUCUCCAGGAUUCAACGUUGACAGGGAAACCAGAUCACCCAGGAGCUCAGACUGUAGACUCUGAUAUCGUAUUUUUCUCUGCGCUUCUCCUGCACAGGAGAAGACUUUUUAUUCUGCAGCAAAGUGGGAAAACAGGAAGUAGACAGAAAACAUUUUGUUGAAUUGUCUGAACUGACCAGCAGGGGUUGUUGGCCAGCUAAACAUGGAAAACUAUAGUGGGUGUGGGCUUACUAAAGAUGAUGGUGUCUAUAUUAAAUACAAAACACAAACUUAUCUGACCUUUCCACCGACUGGACUUAGACUCUGCACCGCUUUUGUCCCUUCCUGCUGCAGCCAGAAAGUCUGAAUAUGGCUGUAGAGAAGGUGGAGCCUGGAAUCAGUUCAGGUGGGUGUGGUGCCCACCACAGCUGAAUGUGACAGGCUGAUGAACUUGUCAAUCAAGACCAGUAGCUGUGAUUCUGUUCCAGACUGCACAAUAAUGGAAUGACUUAUACUUAAUAACACAUCUCCAUAAAAUAACAAAUCUCCAUAAAAUAACAAAUCGCCAUAAAACUUUUAUUGGCAGUGUUAUUCCAAGCUCAAAAGUUCCGUACAUGCUUAUUUUAUUAUUUCCUAUUGGUACAAAACUGAAGUUUUCUCAUAGAUGUUCAGUAUUCAACCAGCGAGUCCACUAAUAUGUGACACUUAAUAUGCAAUACACAUUGCCUGCCAAUUUAUUUGCAGGAUGGAAUUUGGAAUUUUUGGUGCGCCAGGUCAUCACCGUGUGUUGAAGACUGUCAACUGACUGUUUAAUGUAGAUUUUUUUUACACCUCAGUACGUUAACAAGUUUGCAGGUAGCUUUCUUCAGCGUCUAAUGACAUUUUGUGGGUCCUGCAGUUCAUUUACAUAUAAAGCUAUAAAUACACACAUCAUACCAUGUGAUUCUAUUUUUUCUAAAAAAACAAACAAACCUUCAAACAUCAGCUUGUUCAGUUGUGUUUUACUUUAGUUUGAGCAGUACAGUUCAGCCUGUUAUCUUCUAAUAAUAUUAAAUGUUUGGACCUGUUCUGUUUAUGGUUUACAGGGGCAUGCAUCAUUCUAACAUUUUUUUAUUAUUUACAAAAUCCAGUCAGUCGGCAGAGCAGAUCACUGCUGCAAGAGACUGGAGGAGAUUCAAGAGGGUCACUAAGAGUUUCCUUCCUUUUUUUUCUGUUUACAUUCCAGCUGUCUGGACUGUUGAUCAGCCACAGCCUCCAUUCAUUAUUAAUACACAUACACAAUAAAUCAUUUUAAUUGUGGAACUUUUGGGGGAUAUUUGCUCAUUUUUACAUGGUUUAUUUACAAUCUGGGUAUUAUGUGAGAUAUAGUAAAAAGAAUAUUUAUGACUUUAUCAAAGAUUUUAUUUUGAUAAUCAAAAACACCAACAGAACAGAAUUUAACAACACAUCACAUCAGUGUCAUUUGACCCCAGGGCUGUACUUUGUGUCCAAGGAUGACCUGAAGUCACUCAAGUCAUGAAGGAAUGAGACAAACCAGGACUAAAGUUCUGAUGGGGAGAAACAGUUACUUGAACUUUGCCUUAAUGUAUAAUAAAAGAUAAAAAAAA